AAAUGUUGAAGAACGUAGUUGGACUUGUGACAGGGGGCGCUAGUGGACUGGGCAAAGCAACUGUGGAGAGGUUUAUCCGAGAAGGUGCUAGGGUUACCCUCUGUGAUCUCCCAUCAUCUCAGGGUCCGGAGGUUGCAAAGUCUCUAGGUGAAAAUUGUUUAUUUGCUCCUGUGGAUGUAACUAAACCAGAAGAUGUUGAAUCUGCCCUGGCCCUCACUAAGGGUACAUUUGGGCGGCUUGAUGCUACAAUAAACUGUGCUGGUAUUGGAGUAGCUUUCAAGGUUUACAACUUCAACAAGAACAAACCUCACGAUCUUAACGAUUUUAUCAAGGUUCAGAUGGUGAAUACUGUUGGUACAUUUAAUGUUAUCAGAUUAUCAGUCGGACUGAUGGGACAAAAUCAGCCAGAUGAUGAUAAUCAAAGAGGUGUGAUUGUAAAUACUGCCUCGGUUGCUGCAUUUGAUGGACAGAUGGGUCAAGCAGCUUACUCGGCAAGCAAAGGAGCAAUUGUAGGAAUGACCCUGCCCCUAGCCCGUGAUCUAGCUGCCCAGGGUAUCAGGGUUAACACCAUUGCUCCUGGACUCUUCGACACACCACUCCUCUCCUCUCUACCAGAAAAGGUCCGUGCCUACCUUGCUAAAACUGUGCCAAAUCCUUCAAGGCUCGGAAACCCGGACGAAUACGCAGCUUUGGUUCAGCACUUGGUACUGAACCAUAUGAUGAACGGAGAAACUAUUCGAUGCGAUGGAGCUAUCAGAAUGCAGCCCUAGUCCCUUAAACCUGGACCCUAGUUCCUUGAUCCUGGACCCUAGUCCCUUAAACCUGGACCCUAGUCCUUUGAUCCUGGACCCUAGUCCCUUGAUCCUGGGCCCUAAAGUCCCCUAGUCCCUAGUCAUUCUCCUUCUCUUACUCAGCUUGUUAAAGUGCCGUCAUCGUAUUAUUAAUCCACUCUUCCAUUAGAAUUGUGACAUCACAUUAAAGGAACAGAGUUCUUGCCACUAACUCAAAUUCCUAUAUCUUUGCAACCUGAAAGUGAACAUUUUUGGUAUUUAAAACUAGAGUAUUUGAUCGAACAGAAUUAUAAUUUAAAUCAAAGGUCUACGACGAUGGAUGGCAAAAAUAUCGGUGUUUGUGGAAAGAACUCAUUUCCUUUGCUUUAAGGGAAUGACUGUAUAAAUAGAAUUUGGUUCGUUACAUUAAGAUGGUACAACGAACCUUCAAACCUUAAACUGUAAAAAUAUUAUUUAGUUCUUUACAUUAGUUAGUUAAGAUGGUACAACGAACCUUCAAACCAUUAACUGUAAAGCUAUUCUUCAGAAAUAUUGUCCUAAAUGACAAAUAUUAGUCGUUGUUCUUCCAUUACAUGUUUUCGGAAUAAAUUUAGUUCACUAGUUCUAAA